AUGGAAGUCGUCCAAGAUGCCGAUGUUUUGCUUCAAGAUGAUUUCUCGGGUGCAAAAAUCAUGGAGGACGGCAACCGGGUUGUGGAAGCUCAGGAGGAGCCCCUGGUCAUGGAGGAGAGCAGCUUAGGCGAUCUCCUCCUGGCCGGCGCCUCGGCAGUUGAAGCCAGGGACUUGAUCCGCGCCUCGGCGAUGAUGGCGAAGGUCGAUGGCAUCCUCCAUGAAAGGAGUUCCUUCGAUCGUCUGUCCUGUUACUUCGCCAGCGGCCUGCGGUCCAGGAUGGCCGGAGCGUGCACCACCGAAUGCCAUCGGGCGGCACCAGCCAACCGAUUGGCAGCGUACCAGAUGGUGCAAGAAGUGUCGCCGUUCGUCAAGUUCGCACACUUCACCGCAAACCAGGCCAUCCUGGAGGCCACCGUGGACGACCCGGACGUCCACGUGGUCGACUUCAACGUCGGUGACGGCGUCCAGUGGUCGUCGCUCAUGUCGGACCUCGCCCGCGAAGGAGGCAAGACGUUCAGCCUCACGGCACUCACCACCGCCGGCACGCUUCAUGCCGCUACACCUGCGCGGUGGCUAUCGGAGUUCGCCGAGUCCCUGGGGCUUCCAUUCCGGUACGACGAUGAGGCGGACCUCCACGAGCUAUGCACCAAGAUCAACCGCUCACGACGUCGCCGCGGCUCGUCGUCGUCGUCAUCGGUGAUCGUCUCGUGCGACGUGACAACCAUGUCCCGCACGUCCACGGACGCGUCGCGGAUGCUCCGGCUCCUCCUCGGCACCGUCGAACUCCUGCAGCCCAAACUGGUGAUCCUAACCGAGGACGAGCUGUUCCGCGUCGGCAGGGAGCCAAGCCGCCACGUCGGCGCCAUCUUCGGCGAGGCCCUGCAGCACUUCGCCGCGGUGCAUGAGUCCCUGGCGAGCUGCUUCCGCGGUGGCGGCUACGAGGCCGGCAUGAGGCUGGUGGAGCAGGAGAUACUGGGCCCGAGGAUCGAGGGCGCCGUGGCCGCAGGCCUGCCGAAUGGGUCCAUGGCAGGUGGGGCCGAUGGCGACGACGUGGCAUUCGCGUUUUCGGGUUUGGGUUUAAGGGCUCGUAGGGUGAGCGGGUUUAACGUUGCCCAGGCUAAGAUGUUAGCUGGGCUUUUCAGAAGAGGAUUUGGGGUUGUGCAUGACAAGAGCAGGCUUGCUUUGUGUUGGAACGACAGGCCUUUAACCUCGGUGUCUCUUUGGAGUGCUGCGUGA